ACGAACUAAAUCAAAUCACGUAACUCACGAACGAAACCAAAAUAUUGUUUUAGUCGUCUACAUUUUGCAGUUUGCGUUAUUUGUAUUAAACUUCUGUUCAUCUGUUGUGCAACUUUAUUUCAAAUUUCAGUUGAAACGUUUACGCAAAAUGUCUAGGAGUAUUUGGUCAAAAGUUUUUACAAAUUUCGUUAAUUCUUUGAGACCUCGCCAAGCAAAAGGUAACCUCAUGGGCGAAGACUACAUGAACAACAAAUAUUUCGAAAUUCCUGCAGACCCUCGAAGAGGAAAAAGAAACCCAUCACGUUGGUUUGAACCCAUUGAAAAGGGCAACUUUGAACAAGAGUUACCAGCUGAGUGGGAAGCUUGGCUUAGAGGAAGAAGGAAAGAGAUUCCAAGCACUGAAGAAGUCUUGAAGAAUUUGGGAAUCAUGCAGAUGAAGAAAACUAAUGCCAAAAAAGUAGCUAUAGAAAACCCAUUUGUCCAUGAAGAAAGUCAAGUUAAUCCAAAUGAACACAAGUUUCCUGUCAUCUCCGAGUAUGAACUACCAGAUCAGGUAAUAAAGAAGAAAUAGUUUGUUAUGCAUACCUUUCUUUGCAACAUGAAAGUGAUGAAUAAAAUGUAAAUUAAUAAAGUUAAAAUACAUUAGGCAUUGAAAAA